CAUUGUUGUUUCUCCAUGGAAGCAAUUUUUUUCAUUUGUUUUGGUAAUUUAAUUUAUAUUUAAGUGUGUUUAUAAGAGUUUGAAGUUUGAGUAUGGAUUUGGAAAAGAUUUUAGAAGCCUGUGCUCUUAUAGGAUUAGAUCUUUGUUGUUUCAGUAUUUUUUAUAGCGUUUACAAAGAGGGAUCUAACUGUUUAAAAGCCCUUAAGGAAGCAAAACAAAUAGAGAUGAAUAGUGAAUUACGAAAGAAAUUAGAAGAUAGUGGUGGUACAAUUCCUUAUGCUGUCAUUUCCGGUAAAGUGAAAGCACUUUCAACACCCUUACGAAGUGAGCAUUCUCCAUUUCUUCGAGGUGUUUUGCAAGAAAAAAUAACUAAUGAAUUUAAAGUACGUUGGAUUCCAGGUUUACGUGUUUGGGGCCCAGUUGACAACAAUAUUAAUCGUAAAAUUGCCAGUGUGCCUUUUAGCCUAGUGGGGAAAUCAAAAUUAUUUCAGAAGAAAAUAUCUGUGGAAAUUAGUGAACCUUUUUCAGCUGAGGAACUGGUUUUAACUGAAGUUUACAAUGACUAUAGAAAAUAUGAUGAAUCUCUGGGUGAAGCAAUAAUUGGAUUUCUAUCUCGGGAACAUACUGUUGGUAUUAAAGACACUGAAAACUUGCUUCUUGAAGAUACAUCUUUGACAGCUAUAGGAAAACUAACUAGUGAAAAUGGAAAUUUGAUAAUGGUUCCUCCAGAUGAUGAUUUAACAUACUUCUUAACACCUUUGACUUAUGAUUCUCUUUAUAAGAAAAUUAGCUCCCGUGUAAGUUUUUACAAAGGAGCAACAAUUAUUUUUGGAAUUAUAACUAUAGUGGUAUUAGGAUAUUAUUUUAAGAAAAGCUUCUCUGAAAUAUGGCGAAGAAUAUGUCGUGCAAGGGAUUUGAGAAGAUUUCGAGAAGCAAGAAAAUUGAAAAGACAGAAUGAAAAUUCAGGGACAACACAAGUAGAUGAGAAUCGUCCGAAAUGUGUUAUAUGCUUAGACAAUUAUGUAGAAAUAAUUGUUUUAAAUUGUGGACAUGCUUGUUUGUGUUUUCAUUGUUCAGAGCAGAUAAAUACAACAUACUGUCCAAUAUGUCGUAGUCGAGUUCACAGAUUAAUCCCUGUGUAUAUGCCAUAAGGAUUAGGAUUUUCAUACUUGGAAACUAAGGUAUUAUUCUCAUAAAUGUAGUGUAUUUUUUGUGUCUAUGUAUCAUUCUCUCUCUAAAGAUGUGAGGCAUCAAAAUGUUAUAAAUAGUUAUAUUUAUUUUUAUAAUUGAAUUAUCAUUAAUUAAACAAUACUAAAUUUGUUAUAUUAAAAUAAUGUAUUUUAAAUUAUUAUAUCAUGAAAUAAUAUUUGAUUAUAUUCUAAUAUUCCUGUUGCUGGUUUGUCAAAAAAUAAAUAUAAGCGAGAUUUUUUUCUUAGCAUUGUGUUGACUAAUGCUAUAAUUAAGCAGAAAUUAAUAUG